CAUGCCCCCCGUCCGCUUCAAGCUCGUCUUCUUCACCCCGGCCUCCUCGACGCGCACUAUCCUUGACCAGCUCUUCGCUCGGCACCCGCAAACGCUAGGCAAGAUCGGCGCGUACGAGCAGUGCGCGUUCGUCUCCCGCGGUACCGGCCAGUUCAAGCCGACCGCAGAAGCGAACCCCGCGAUCGGUAAGCCGGGCGAGCUUGAGUUCGUGGAAGAAGACAGGGUGGAAAUGGUGGUGAAUGAUGGAGGGGACAAGAAGGAGAUCAGGGAGGUGCUUGGUGCGUUGAAGGAGGUGCACCCGUAUGAGGAGGUCGCGUACGACGUGUAUCGGCUGGAGGACGUUUGA